CUGAAUUCUCACCUAUCAACACUGGCAAAUAUUCACAAGAUUUACCACACCCUCAAUAGGCUGAAUCUGACAGAGGACGUUGGCCAAGACGAUCACCAGACAGGAAGUCUCCGGUCUUGCAGUUCAUCAGACUGCUUUAGUAAAGUGAUGCCUCCAAGGAAAAAGAGGAGACCUGCAGCAGGAGAUGAUUUAUCUGCUAAGAAAAGUAGACAUGAUGGUAUGUAUAGAAAAUAUGAUUCAACUAGAAUAAAAGCAGAGGAAGAAGUCUUUUCAAGUAAGAGAUGCUUAGAAUGGUUCUAUGAAUACGCAGGUACUGAUGACAUUGUAGGGCCUGAAGGUAUGGAGAAAUUUUGUGAAGACAUUGGAGUUGAACCAGAAAAUGUAGUUAUGCUUGUACUAGCAUGGAAGUUGGAUGCACAAAACAUGGGCUACUUUACAUUACAAGAGUGGUUAAAAGGAAUGACAUCACUACAAUGUGAUACUACAGAAAAACUGAGAAAUUCUCUGGAUUACUUGAGAUCUUUAUUAAAUGAGCCUACCAAUUUUAAACUUAUUUAUAGAUACGCAUUUGAUUUUGCACGGGAAAAGGACCAGCGCAGCCUAGACAUCAAUACUGCCAAGUGUAUGUUGGGCCUUCUUUUAGGAAAAACGUGGUCCCUUUUUCCAGUAUUUCACCAGUUUCUAGAGCAGUCGAAAUACAAAGUUAUCAAUAAGGACCAAUGGUGUAACGUUCUUGAAUUCAGCAGAACGAUUAACCUUGACCUCAGUAACUAUGAUGAAGAUGGAGCCUGGCCAGUGUUGUUGGAUGAGUUUGUGGAAUGGUAUAAAGGAAAACAGAUGACAUAAGAGCUUAACUAUGCACAGCCACUCAAGAGUCACUGUUACCACAGUUAUGUCAACCAUUAGCCAUAAACUGCUGUUCGUAUCGAAGUGCAUGCUGCUUUUCUUGCACUGCGUCCCUUUCACAGGGGACUUUUGAUGUUUGCUAUUUAACAAGCUAGCUAUGCUUGCUGUGUAGCAUUGUUCUCUUCGAAGGCUGCUUUGCAUUUUGUAUUUACACUACGGAUUGGUGAACUUGCCAGCGUCUUCACUGUGAUUAUGUGUAUAUUGCUGUCUAAAUUUUGUAUAGGUGUAUAAAAAAAAAAGCUUCAUCUAGGGAUUAUUUCUGCAGAAAUGUAUUGUAAAAAUAAUUUUGUGGCAUAUUUCUAGUCAUUACUUACAUGUUUGUUCAAACUUUAGGUUGGUUUUUUUUGUUUGUUUUUCUUUUGGUCUCAAAUGUAGCAUUUCGGGAAAUGAAAUGAACAGACUGCUUGGACAUAGUUAUGUGAAGAACUAGUGUCAAUUCUCAUGUUACUAUUUGAGAUGCCAAUUUCUGAGGGGAGAAGACAUGCUGUGACUUUCUUCACCGGAAUUCGCCGAACCCGACCUAUUGCUUAAUAGGAACGAAACGUUGGUGUCUUAGAAUAUAUAUAUACACACACAUAUAAAUAUGAAAACACUGUAAUAGUUGUACAUGCCACAGAUGACUUUCAUUUGAAGAAACAAGUACUGACUUUUUAAUGUUAAAACUGCAGUAGUCAUUACAGGUACAAAUGAACAAAUUAAAGUACCUUUUAAAAAUGGG